UAAGUUGACUCAUCUUCCAUAAUUUGGGAUUCACAAAGUCGUCUCUGUUUUUCGAUCUUCCUCUUUCUCAGAAUUUAGGGUUUCGAAGAUUGUUUCUUCUUACUCCAAUCCUCUUUCUCACUUCUCGCAGUUGGGAUUUUCUUCUGGAAAGAAUCAAGUCCUGUAACUUAUAUGCAUCUGGCUGAUCAAAUAAAGUAAUGGUGGACGAUACAUCACCUUUUCUGGAGGUUUUUUGUGAAGUUUCUGGUAAAGACUACCGAUUCACAACAGGGACAAAGGCGGAGUUUGCUGUCUCUGUGAUCAACAGGAAACUUGGUUCGUUGAAACCUCGAGUGAUUUACAUCGAAGCAGCAAAGGAAGGUGAAGAGCCUAUUAGUUUUGGUGAUAAUGCUAGUCUUCUGAAUUAUGGACUUGGUUGGAAGUUGAAGACAGUUGUUGAUGCUGAUCUACCUGGAACGGAGAAAAACAAUCGACAACAGCGGUUUUCUUCUGUAUUUUCGACGGGUUUUGCAAAUGAUUCAACACCAGAAAUCGGAGAGCAAAGUCUGAAAUACAUUGGGAGGAUAUUUUUUGCAUUUGUUUUGAUGUUUAUUCUUGGUGGCCUCUUCACAGUGGCUCUUGAGAACCUUCCUAGAUUAAUAUUGCUCUUUAACAACUCUUUCGUGUAAACAAUAUGACAUUGUUCAAACACAGACAUUUGGAGAUGUAACUCCAAAAACCUUUUUUUUUGUUUUCCUCUAUCUAUCACUCAUUGAUUUGGGGAUGUAACAGCUCUGGAAUCUUUUCUCUCUGAAUUUGGCUUUCAACCCUGGUUAUGUGUUUCCUCCUAUCUCUGCUCCUUUCCGGCACUCGUUUUUGUCGAGUAUUUUUACUAAGUUUAUAUAUAUUCUCGAGUAUUUUUAAUUAUUCAGUGUAAAAAUAACUAAUAUUUUCAAAAAUAUAUUUAUAUUUCGG